ACUUCACAAUAAAUUUUAUCCACUACCCCUUCCCCGCGCGCUGUCAACACAUUUCUUGAAUGAAUUUCAUGAAUGCCGAAUGCGAUACUUCUGUCAUGAAAGAUUAAUCAAAAGUGAACCCAAACAUUAUUAAAGAAUAAAGGAACUAAAAAACGAGCGGUGAGGGGUGGUGUAUAGAAAAUGGACCAUCCGGACCAGCAGAUACAAGGGAUUUCGUGUGAUACGCUCAAGAUUCUCCAUUUGCCUCCAAAACUUUCUCACUCUGAACGCGAGAGACUUCUGAAACAGUAUGGAGCAAUUAAAGUAAAAACCAUCAACAAGUCUGAAAAAUACACAAUUACUUUUGCUAAAUUCUCAUCCAAAGAGGCAGCCAGACAAACAUUCCUGAGGCUUCAUCAAUUACAAGUUCGAGGUCAGCGACUGUCUGUUGAAUAUGCAAGAGCAAAUGUCUUAUCAGAACUGGCAGAGGAUACUACUUGCGAGCCUCAAAAUCAGAAAAAUGAACCUACCAAUGAUGAUUCCGAUGAGCCUCAUUACCGCGCAUUCUUGCAAAAGUUGAAUGGUUGGGCAUUUAGUCAAGUUUUCACACAGCCACCUCCUCCUGAUAUUCGGUACAAAUAUUCUCCACCAACCGGCAAUACUCUCUUGAGAAUAGCUAUCCAAAUGCUGGAGGAACCAGCGUUUUACUGUCAAGUACUUCAUCUGAUGAACAAAAUGAAUUUACCACCACCGUUCAAAGAGCUGGAGCCUGAAUUUCCUUUUCUCAGAGAUAUCUACGACGAAGUGAGGUACAGAGAUAUAUUUGGCAAGAUUGUCUUUGCCGAUGAAGUGAAUGAUGAUCAAUCAGAAGAACACGAAGAAUCAGAGCUGGAAACAGAUGAAGAAGCAGAAGCUAGGCCCAAAGAAUUCAUUCCAAUGAAACGAAAACGUGCACAAUCUACGAAACGUUUGAAGAUUCCAAGAUUUGUGAACCCUUCAAAACAGGCCCCUAGUAACGUUUCUUCCAGUCAAAAAUUAGUGAAGCCUGAGGAUGUGUUUGAAUCAUUACAUCGAACUGAGAGUAAAAACGUGAAGAUUGCAUUAAAAGUCGACUUAGAUUUGAAUUUGGAAAAACGAUUAGAAGCAGGUGGUUCGUUGGAUCCUCUGACAAGUUCUACUACGGUCCCUCAAGAAGAGGGUGAUGGUGGUUUUGGUUUGUUAUAUCCCACUAAAGGACCGGAUCAAAGCAAUGUUGCCGGAGAAAACGAGUCAACCAAAUCUGUGACCUCUGAGUUUAUUACUAGUGAAGAAUUGGCAGGCAAUCGAAUAUCGAUCAAUGAUCAACGUCUGCUGCCUGUAUUCAAGAAUUAUCAUCCUGGAAAACCGUCACCUCGUCUCUACAUAAAAAAUCUCUCGAAGCAAGUCGAGUUAAAAGACUUGGACUUCAUCUACAAGAAAUAUUUGGUGCCGGAUAAGAAUGACGAGAAUGACGGCUGUCGAUAUAACGUACGUUUGAUGCAAGAGGGACGGAUGAAGGGUCAAGCCUUCAUUACAUUACAAACUACUGAGUUAGCCCACAUUGCACUCGAGGAGACUAAUGGAUACAUACUCAAAGAUAAACCAAUGGUUGUUCAAUUUGCCAAAGCCUUAAGUAAAUUACAGGAAAAUCAACAAGCCUCUUCAUCAUCGAAAGGAUGAUGGUUGUGUCAGACUGAUUGCUAACUUGAUGAAAUAGUGAAUGUAAAUAAGCAAUAAAGUUCAUUUUUGUGAA